GCUCGACACUUCUUUGUAAUGGUUUUUUGGUCUUGGUCUGAAGAACCUCCUGAUCUCUCUUCUGUGUAUAUCUCUUCGACCAUUUGGUCUUUCAAUGAAACACUGCUGAUUUUCAAAAAAAUAAAAAAUAAAUAAAAUUCGGUAAUCGUUGAAGAUUGGAGGUUGCAUUGAGCGUUUCUCACCCUCGACUUUGUCACAUUGAUAUCGCGAUCGCAUACAUUAUCUGACAUGGACGCAGUAUAUAUCAUUGUUGUCGGCGGAAAUAUAGGGGAAACCAUGGCUGUAGCUGUGAAAUCUACUGAAGAAUCAACAAAACAGAAUAAACCUUUAACAAGACAGAGGCAAGUGGUUGUGACAGGAACGAGUGUGGUGACCCUACGCGGUCAUGAUUCUGAUGUUUUCUACAAUAAUUUGCUUGAGGGAGUUCGUGGCAUUAGUCAUUAGUGAGAUAGAAGCUUUUGAUUGCACCCAAUUUCCAGCAGUAGAAGUCAUGGAGACGUUAGAUAAGGCAAAAUGUGUGGUUUUCAUUGGCUCAACAAUGGGUGGCAUGAAGGGUUGGAUGGUCCCAAACUAUUCAACCUCUACUGCUUGUGCUACAAGCAGCUUCUGUACUUUGAAUUCGGCAAAUCAUAUCAUUAAAGCCAAAGCAGACCUUAUGCUCUGUGGUGGUUCAGAUUAAGUGAUGAUACCUCUUGGUAUUGCUCCCAUUCUUUGCAAAUGUUAUUUCUUAGUUUUACUUGGAUUUGCACGUACAAUAAUCUUGUUCUU